UUUAGCAACUGCUCAUUUCAGUGCUUCUUCUGCAUGCAAUUUUAGCAAAGAAUAUAGUACUUCUAUCAUGAAGAUUGGAACCACUGCUCUUGUGGCAGGAAUUGUUGGUGCUAUUGGCGUUACUCUGUUUUUGGUAGCAUUUGGAACUGAAUAUUGGUUACUUGCAACAGAGACUUGUGGAAGUUUUGAUUCUAACAAUGGAACUUUGGAUAUUGAAGAAGAGUAUGAUGAAGACAUAAGAGACAAUGAAGAAAUGUCAGUGAUUUACCAUUAUGAAGGCUUCUUCUGGCGGUGCUGGUUUUUUGGUGAUGAUCCACAAACUUCAGUUUGGAGAUAUUGGUUUAUGAAUCAGCCUCAUCCUAAGCGCUGUAUUCAUGGAUAUCUCUUUCCAAUGCAAAUUGCUGUUGGACCUUUCUCACACCCAUCCUUUGAUGCAACUGCAGUGUACAGAGGCUUUUGGAUGAUCUUCAUUAUAUUAGGUGCUGCUUCUGGUCUGUCAGGGGGAUUUCUGUUGGUGUAUGGAGUGCCCUUUGCCAGUGCUGGGUGUUAUAAAGUUGGAGGUGGAUUCCUGAUGAUAUCAGGGGCCCUGUUCAGUCUGAUCCUCAGCCUGUUCGUUCUAUGGAAGGAAUAUGCUGUUGAUUUUCCAAAAUAUAUAUCUAUAGAAAGGAGCAACAUGUGUGUCCCAGAAAAUGUCCUCAUUGACAUAAAAUAUGGAUGGUCUUUCAUGUUUGCUGCUUUUGGAACUCCCUUUGUGUGUAUGUCAGGGAUUAUGUUUCAUUUCAUUGGUAGGCACCUUGAGAAGUUUCAGAAAUGAACAAGAUAAUAUCCCUAAAAAGCACUGUGAAAUCUGGUCAGAUUUCUGCAGAAUACUUGAACAAAAUAAAUUUUAGAUUUGGAGAUGAGUGAAAUAAUAAUCAGUACACAUGUAUAAUCUGGUAUAGCCAAAUGGAUGCCAUUUUCAAAGAGGUGCUAUAAAGUAAAAAGUAAUAGAAGCCAUUUCUAAGAGAUCUUAGGGGAAGCAGAUUUUGCUGUCUAGAUGCAAUGAUAAAAUGUUUUCCUCUGGGUUUUGAAAUACAUCACAACUAUUCUCUGGUGCUAUUAUGUAACUUUCAGUCUUUCCAAAAUUAACCAAUUUAUGGUAGGAAUUUUCUUUUUAUGAGGUGUUAAGUUUGAAUCAUCUGAUUUAUUUGAAAUAACUAAUUAACCACAACUAAUGCACAAGGGUACCAAUGACUCAUUUUCCUCUAAAAGCUUGGGAAUUUGAAGGAGAGUAACAAAUUCUCCCCUCUUGUCUUUGAACAGGUAUAUUCAACAUCAGUUAAUGCAGGCACAUUUCAAUGAGAUGAAUAGAAAUAGUAACACCUGAAAAAUCAAUUAUUUUAGUUUCAUGUUCCACAUCACAUACACUUCCAACAAAAAGAAUUGCUACAUGAGCAAGGGAUUUUUGAAAAUAUUGCACAAUGUACACUGUUUCACUUGAAUAAAUACAAAUAAAGGUCAUGUGGCCAACCUGAACAAAAAGGAUUCUUGUGGCUAGGGAAUAACUUUAUCCAUAGAAUGUGAAUUCUGGCCUGCAGGAUGAUUGGAAGAGUUGCAGCUAUUUCAUUAUUUAAAUCAUAUCUACUUAUCAUUUAAUCAUUUUUACUUGUGUUAAUUUAAAACUCUCAUCAGAAUUAAUAAGUCUCAUUCCAAAGAAAUGGAAAGCUUACAGGAAAGGCUAUAUUAUCUCUUAUUUCAUAGCAGAACCAAAAACAAAAUACAGAGUCAUAUUCAGCUUACCAAUAAAAUAAAAGAUAAUAUGAUUUUUUUGAU